AUGUCACAGUCGGCGCUGGGCCUCGGUGGGGAGCGGAGGUACUCGGUGCCAUCCAACCCGCUGAUGCACGACCACCGAGGGAUGCACUCAGAGGAUCUGCACGCGUGGUCGAUAUACAGGCAAAACCUGAAUUCGGACUUCACUGACAGUGCGUUGGGCAGCACAGACAAGAGCCCCCUGCCAUACGGGAACUUCCAGCUUAGGGACACCACUGUGCAGUCCAUACUGUCACACCCACGAUAUGGACCCAAAUCGGCACUCGGCUCCAAUAUGUAUACGUACCUGAAGUUCGGGCUUCCUCGGGUAUUUCCGCCGAACCACAACGGGUCGCAGCGCUCAGGGACUCCGAAACCUAAGACUUCGAUCGGGAGUGGCAUGAAGCCUGUGCCUAGGAUCCAAAGACAGAGUCGAGGCAUGCGCGAGACAUCAUCAGGUUACGACAGUUCAGACAACGAGACUACCACUAACUACAAAUACAGUCGCAAAUACCGAUCGGACCCCGACUUUAGGAUGCAGAACGUACACCCAUCUUUACAGCCGAAUACAGGAGUUCCAGUGGUAGCUAUGCAGCAGGCUGGUAUCCGUGGAGACGGUCAAUGGACGAACUCCAGACACAAGUCAGUCAGUGAAGCCAAUCUACUAGGCAUUGAUGCACGACCCCAACAUCGAUCCCACUAUAGCAAUAGAAGAAACAGUGUAGCCGACUACGUCCCUGAUGGAGACCACCAAAGCUACCUAAUGUCACCUUCCCACUUGGGCGGUCGGAUGUCGAAGGCUGGCAGUCAUAUGUCUAUAGCUCAAUCCAGAAAACACUCCACACUGAGACCAGGCGACCAUCUGGACGGAUACACCCACUCUGCGUACAUUUACCCUAAUUAUUAUGUAAACAGUUUAGAAAUAACAGCACCGGAAAACAAGUCAACUCUACUGGUGUCUGGUCUGAGUUUCGAAGUAAAGUCUGGAGAAAUAUUAGCGGUUCUAGCAACAUCUCAUCAUGAGGCCACUGGACUACUCGAUGUUUUAGCCGGUGUACGGAAGAAACUAACAGGCGACAUAGUCCUCAAUGGUCAACCAGUUGCUUCCUCAACUCUUCGAAAGGUUGCAGCAUACGUUCGUAAAGACACUUCCCUAUGUGCUUCCAUGACAGUUGAACAUACCUUGAAGUUCCACGCCGCUUUGAGAAGACCAAGAAAUAAUGGGCAAGUUAAAAUGGACGAUAGAGACAGGAUAAAUCUUCUGAUAGAAGAACUGGGGUUAGAACAAGUCCGGGACACGAACGUAGGUCGCCUCACUCGAUCAGAGAUCCGUCGCCUCAACGUUGCGUGCCAGCUACUUCUAGACAUGGCCAUACUAAUCUUAGACCAACCCACUAAAGAGAUGGACAUCUUCGACACGUUCUUCCUGGUGGAAUACUUGAGAAACUGGGCCAGUACUGGUAGAGUUGUCAUCAUGUCACUGCAUCCACCAACUUAUGAGAUUUUCGCUAUGCUUACUAAGGUGGUCUUAAUCUCAGCUGGUAGAACGAUGUUCAGCGGGUACAGAAGGGAUAUGUUGCCAUAUUUUGCUUCCAUCGAUUAUCCCUGCCCAGCUUUCAAGAACCCUUCAGAUUAUUAUUUGGAUCUGGUGACACUGGACGACUUGUCAGCGGCGGCCAUGUUGGAAUCAUCGGGUCGUAUCUCUGCACUUGCCAAUGUGUUCGCUGGUGCGCAAGCGCCGCCUGACCCACCGCCGCCCGUGCCACUACCCGCACCGCUUACCCGACCUAAUGUGCUUGUACAGGCUGGAGCCCUUAUAGAGAAAAGUCUCCUAUUCACUCAAUCUACAACAUUAUCGAACGUGAUAACUCGGAUACUCUUGGCCGCCAUAAUGUCUUUGAUUACCGGUGCCGUGUUCUGGGAUCUUCCUGUUACAGAUCCGAAGCUUACACAGAACGACCGAGUAGGCUUCCAUUAUACAGUAAUGUGCCUCACCGUUUGGCCAAUCCUGUUGUGGCUGAGUGCGAGAGAAGCCAGCUCAAUGCGACAUCAUGUGGAGAGAGACAUCGCCGUGGGACUGUACUCUAGAACUGUGUUCAUACUUUUUGAUCAAUUUUUGGAGUUAUGGUCGGCAGGUUUGACGUGGCUAGCGUACUUAGUGCCGAGCUACGCUAUGAGUGGGCUGUACGCUCAGUCUCCCGCCUCCUUCGACGGAUUUUAUUUAUACUUAGGUUACAUGCUGCUUUAUCUGAUAAGUAUACAAAUGUUGUGUCGAGCGACAAUAUUCCUUGUGCCAAUGGAGAAGACUGCCGCAGUCAUAGCAGGGUUCUGCCUAUUGCUAAGCACCCUUGUCAAUGGCGUGAUGAUACACAGUAGAGAUCUGCCGGAUUACGUCACGUGGCUUCAGAUCGUGUCGCCCUCUAGGUGGACUCUACCGGAACUAUUGGAAAGAGAGCUCAGUGAAGUGGCGCUGAGGAGCAGUAUUAGUAAUAGGUGUAACAAUAAACAGGGACCGUACAAGGACAUAAUAGUACAAUCACCGUGCCCUCCUCCGAACGGUACUCAAGUACUUUCCAACUACGAGUAUCUUCGUUCUAAUCAUCUCUGGGAAUGGACUGAUGACACUUUCCUCAUUUCCCUAGCAAUAUUCUAUGGAGUAUUCGCCUUUGUAGCUCUAAUAGCAUUUGUUGCCGAUUGUACUAAAUACACUAAGAGAAAAGACCGAAUUUCCAGAAAAGGACACAAAGUCAGUGCAAAUACUCCUUGA